CCCAUCACUCUACCUACUAUUAUGGCAUUCAAAAGCUCAAAGCUGGGAUCGCCACUCCCCUCUAUUUCCAUAUUCUCUACAGGUCAAUUAAUUAAUUAACUACCUUAAUUUUACUAUACUUUCCUAAUUAUACUCUUAUUUUCUUCUUGUUCUAAUCAAUUCUUCACAUCUACGUAUAAUAUUCUUGUUUAAUCUUAUCUUUCUUAUUCUUAAUUAAUCAACAUCUCAUGUUUUUCUGAAUUUUUGUUCAAAGUUACAAGUAAAAUAGAAAAGAGGGCAAAGUGUAUUCAUAGUCAUAUUCGCAUUGUUCCAUAAAUAUGAAUCUGUAGUAAUGUCACACGGACAUAAAUUAUAAGUAGUAAUAUGUAGUAAUGUCACACACAAAUAUGUUACCAUGUAAUGGGGAAGUGGAAAAUGGAUACUGCAAGGAAAAUUUAUCAGACGUAGAAGAAAAUCAAGAGGAGUUGGAUCAGUCAAGCCUGUUAAAUAUAGGGAAGCCGCCAAGAAACGUUACAGGGAUACGACAUUGUAUCAGCCAAGCAACAUUGGCAGGUACUUCGGUAUUGGAAUCGCCGACACAAAUUCUUCCUCUUAAAUUAUCAUCAAGUGAAGAUUCUGGAUAUGUUCCUAUCUUUCGCUCAGGAAGCUAUUCUGAGAUUGGACCAAAACCAAACAUGGAGGAUGAGCACAUCUGCAUCGAUGAUCUUUGCAAACACAUUGGUGCAUCCAAUGGGCUUCUUUCUCCUGGGGCGUUUUAUGGGGUGUUUGACGGUCAUGGUGGUGUUGAUGCUGCAUUAUUCACUCAAAAGAAUCUCCUAAGUUUUAUUGUAGAGGAUACACAUUUUCCAUCGAUGGUCAAAAGAGCUAUUAGGAAUGCUUUUGUUAAAGCUGAUAAUGCACUGGCUGAUACCAAAUCACUUGACAGUACCUCUGGAACAACUGCUCUGACUGCACUUAUUUUAGGACGGACCAUGCUUAUUGCUAAUGCUGGUGACUCUCGAGCUGUACUCGGAAAACGAGGAAGAGCAAUUGAAUUAUCAAAAGACCACAAACCAAACACUACUUCUGAAAAAUUAAGAAUUGAGAAACUAGGGGGAGUCAUUUAUGAUGGUUAUCUCAAUGGCCAACUCUCGGUUGCACGAGCUCUUGGUGACUGGCACAUAAAGGGUCCCAAAGGUUCAAAGGGCCCCUUAAGUUCGGAACCAGAGUUGGAAGAGUUGGUCCUGUCCGAAGAUGAUGAGUUCUUGAUAAUGGGGUGUGAUGGCUUAUGGGAUGUCAUGAGUAGCCAGUACGCAGUAACUAUCGUGAGGAAGGAGCUCAUGCUGCAUAAUGAUCCCGAGCAAUGCUCAAAGGAGCUUGUCAGAGAGGCGUUAAAGCGUAACACUUGUGAUAAUCUAACCGUGCUUGUAGUCUGCUUCUCUCGUGAUCCACCCCCGCGAAUUGAAAUACCAAAAACACAGAGAAGGAGGAGCAUAUCAGCUGAAGGGUUGGAUCUUCUAAAGGGUGUUUUGAGUGACGUAUAAAGCAGACUUAAUGUACAGAUGAAAUUAACCUAGUGCACACCGUCGUCAGGGAUUUUUCUGAGUUUUCUGCUGUCCAUGGCAAUGGUGGAUUAUUGCCUCUAUAAGGAUCCUCCAACAACUUAGUUUUGAUUUAUUCAGUUGUCAUUGUAGCUAUCCUUGAAUGUGGCUGCUCUUCAUAAUAAGAUUCAUAUGCACACCAAACAGUUCAAUCUCACUAAUCCAGUGCCCGACCAUAUUAAGUUACGGAGUUUAAGUUCUGUGCACUAACAAUGUGUAGAUUUUCCAUGCCAUCUCACCAAAGUUGAUAUGCAAACUGGGUAAUUCUUCGUAGCAAACUUGACAUCUGGUAAUAUGAAAUUUGAGGUAA